ACUUAUUUUGCAAACAAAUUUCAUCUUCUCAAUCCCAAAAGAACGAAUAACAAUUAGCAAUGGCGAUCGAAUGGAACGAUAUAAAAAAUGUCCACGGACCAUUACUCCGAUCCAUGCGACCCAUUGUUUAUGUUCGAAGCGAAAAAGAAGCUCGAGUGCAGAUACGUUAUUUACGUCAAAGAGACAUCCGUGUGAUUGAUUACAUAUUUCUUUGGUACAUUUUUACUUGCUUCCGUUGGUUCUUGCUUGUACAUAUUGAAGGUUCUAAUUUUGCUCUCGCCUCUAAGCUCCAUUUCUUCGGAAAUACCCUCAUCGCAGUUUGUUUCAAUAUCAAGAUCCACAUGAACAACAAAGAAUUCAAGGAUGUGAACAAAACUUUGGUGUGCUGCAUGAUUUGCCAGAUUAUGUUAACUUUGGCGGUCGUAUACAUUCAGGUUGAAUGGCCUGAACUAAUUUGUCGGUUUAUUUUUGAUUUAGCAUAUAUUGGGUUGGUCGUUUGUUGUAUACGUUUGUAAAUAUUUAACCUUUUUUUUUUGGGGUAGCCCAAAGUAGAUGGUUACUGACAGAUGAAUUAUUUGAUUUUAGUUUUCUAAUUAUGCAAAGAAUAAUGUGAAUGUCAUCGGUGGACGUUUGGUUUG